ACAGAAAGAAAUGAGCCAGUCCAAACACAGGCUGUUCCUGAAACUCAUAUUUUCAAUACUUUGAACGUGUCUUCUCCCAAUGGAUUGGUACUUACCUUUAUUGGUCAAAAAUUUGCAGGUGAAGAAAAAGGAGAGAAAGACAAGAACGAUGACGAAGAAAGCAAAACAGAUGAGACUAAAUCAGGUGAAGUCAAGCUGGAAGAAAUCAAAACAGAGGACAGCAAAGAAAAGCAGAUUCAGCCCCACGAACCUUUAGCUAAAGACAGUCGAGAAAAGACAUUCAAUGCUAAAGCCAGUGUUGAGUCUGGAGCAGAUCUUACUGUCAGGAAUGAGACUGCCAGUGACAGCAAGGCUGAGAUGGAAACAGAGGAUAACAAUAUGGUCAAGGAAUCUCCUUUUGAAAUAUUUAUUAGGCAGAGCUAUCCACAAAGAGUAAAACAGUCUCAACUUCACAAAAUGGUGAAGAAACCAAUAGAGCAAGAAGUAUCCAGAGUAAUAACACGACAAGGGACUGUUGUAAAGUACAUGAUAGAUGGAUCCACUCAGAUACUCUUUGCUGAUGGCACGGUGAUUAGGAGUCCCGAUUCUGGCCCUGUGAUCCCACCUCCACCUGCACCCAGCACACCUCAUACAGAGAUCACACCAACUCCGGAGACAAGCAGCAAAAAAAGCAGAAAAAAUACUAAAGGUCUGCUUGCAGGAAAAAAUGAAGCUAUUGAAACAAUUGCCCAAGAACAUCUGCCUGAGCCUGAACAAUCAUCCACUGAUGCCUUUGCUGGCACCUGGAUAACGACUACCCCAUUAGGCAUUCAGAUAGGCACCAAGGGAACCGAAAAGCUUGACCUGAAACCACUCUUGUCUUACCAGGCCACUGAUCCAGUUAAUGGAACGGUAAUGGUAAUGAGAGAAGAUAAAGUAUUAAUAGUGGAGAAAACAGAUGGAUCCCGAAUAGUAGAUCAUGCCGAUGGCACCAGAAUAAGCACCCUUUUCCAGGACUGUGUAGAAAUUGUUUCUCCUAAUGACAGUGAAGAAGCAGACAGUUACCCUCAAACCACCACAAGGAAGGUGAAAUGCAUGCGUAUCGAAAAUCCACACUUUGCAACAGUCCUAACAAACUCUGAGGACAGCACUUGUUGUGCCAUUUUUGCUGAUGGCACUUCAAUUAUAUCCAAGCCACAAGGAACAUAUCAGAUUUUACCCAUAAACAAAGGUUCCCUCUUCAUAGAUGAAAAUUACUCUGCAGUUUACUCGCCAGAGGCGUUUGAAAAAAAUGAGAGUGAAUUGUCCAGUGAUGAGAACCAGCAUGUAGGGAAAUAUAUUAUGAAACACAAUUCCAAGAUUGUCUGUGAGAUGACAGACCCCGCAGGAAAUAUUUUCAAGGUCAUGGCUGAUGGUAACAUAUCUACAUUCAUUCCUGCCAUUGAAAUUGAAAGCAAAGUAACUGAACCCACAGAAAUUCAGACUCCUGUAAUAUAUGGGGAACAUGCACCCAGAUUCUUCAUUGUCCAUGCGGAUGGCUCAGGAACUGAACUCCUCCGCAGCAAAGAUACAGAAGAAUAUCUGGCCAUGGCAUAUGGUCAUCCCACUAUAACUGUUCUUCAGGAGGCAAUACAAGAAUGCCCAGGAGUCUUAAGCAUUACUGUUCUUUGCCCUUUGACUGAAGUAUCUCAAUGGAUAAUGAAAAAAGACUCUGACACCAUUGUUCCUUACAAUCUCCAGUCCAGGGAUUGGGAAAACUUUCCUCCUGUGGAGAGGAAGACUCCUGGUCCUCCAUUUGGAAUGCAUGCUUGGAAAGGCCUGUGCAUUGAGUUCAAGGAAUUAGCAGUUUCUCCUGCACCUAUAAAAAAAUGUCCAAAUGUGCUCCAAAUUCGUCGACUAAUCCAGUAUGAGCCAGUCACUGAUGAAUUAAGACACAAAUUGCAAUCUUCUGUCAAGGAAUACAUUGACAAAAUCAUUAAGCAAGAAGAUGAGAUUGAAGAUAGGGUGAUUAAAGAACCAAGAACGGAACAGGAAAAGAAAAAUGCUGCAGACCUUCUCAAGCUUGUUAUGUCUUUUCCCAGUCUUGAAGAAUCCUCAGAAUUUUGCAGUAGAGCUCCAGUUUCUGUACUGUAUGAGGAGGCAAUGAUUUCACAGGUGCAAAGUUCAUCACGGGAAGUAUUCUCAAAACAAACGGAAGAAUAUUGGAAAAUGAUGAAGAUGAGCCAUGACGAGUCCGUGAAGGCUUCUGUCUGGCAGAGCAAAUUAGCACAGACGAGGCAGGAAAUUGAGGACGGAAAGAAUUGUCUUAGGAGGAUGAGGUACAAAAUGAUCCCUCCCUAUUUCAAGUCUGAAUUUGGAAUGCAAUUUCUUCAAAAAGAGUUUCCAGAUGUUGAAAUUGUCUCAGGAAUGCUCCCUCCUUUUCCAGACAGAGAAACAAAGGAACCGUUGUUGGAUACAUUUAUAGAGUCUUCUGAAAAUGAAGCUGCUAGAGAGAGAGCAAGAGCCAGAGAUGACUUGCUCAGACGUAAGCAUUCCAAAGAACUGCCCCCAAACACCAUUUCUUCCUCAAUCUAUGCUGAAACCUAUCCAUCCCAUUUUACAAACGUAGAUGUAGAAGGAAGUGAAAACGGAGUCCCGAUCCAUCCAAAACUUCAAUCACUUCUUAUGGAUGCUACAGGAUCCCCAAGAAAAGAGAAAGUGAAAUUGCCCGCUUUGAUACAAAGAAACAAGCCACAAUCAGUGCCAAGGCAAAAAAAUGUAGAUCUUGUUUCUGGCAAAGUCCGCACAUGCUCUGUCACAGCACCUUCCCAGAAAAUGUCAGGAUUCCUUCUUAUCCCACCGAAGGUGACAUUUGGCAUUCUUAAGGAGGGCUGCAUUUAUUCAACCACAGUGGUUUUGAAGAAUGUUGGAAUGGAUUUCUGCAGGUUUCGGGUGAAACAACCACCACCUUCUACAGGAUUGCGUGUGAACUAUACCCCAGGGCCUGUGGCUGCUGGACUGCAAACUGUACUGGAAAUAGAGAUUUUUGCCAUGGCUGUUGGAGUGGAAGGAGAUGAGGGCUUGGACAAACUUUCCCAUCAGAUUGAAAUUCACACAGAAACUGAAACACUAUUUCUUCCUGUAGAAGCAACAGUCUUAACAGACACCGUCUAUGAUGAGAGACCACCAAACUAUCCCAAAGGAGGGCAGGCCUCCAACAUCCAGUUGAUUCCAGCAAGUCCAAUCUCUCAGUUUAGAGUAAUACUUCCUCACAAGCUUCCUCAUUAAUGUAAGCAAUUGUAUUUCAGUGUGGAAAGUCUGGGUUUCAAAAGGAGAGUUUAUGAAUGGCAAUUAAGCCACUAUUGGGGGGAAGAAGUAAGGAGCUUGGGAUGUACUGGUGGGGAAGGGGUUAGGAAAGCUGGGGGGUCGGGGGUGGUGGUGGAGGGCAACCAAGAGACCAUUUGGGUGUAAGAGACAUGAAUGGCAUUGAUGGGGACGGAUCCUAAAUGAGAAAAUUACAAGACCAGAAUAUUCAAGCAACCAAAUACAUACCUGUUUCUAAGUAUUACAUAUCACAAUUUAAAAAUGUGCACAAAACCUAUUGGGACACUGUAUGGUACACAUUAAGAGGUGGCUUGCAGAAUUCUAGGUGGACACAUUUGAAUGCAGUUUUGGGGUAGGUGGUACAGAAAUACACUAUGCUUCUUGUACUCAGGAAAAAAGAAACAGUGAAAAAAAGAUUUGGCAAAUUGAGAUUCCUUUCCCCUGACUCUUGUGUGGCCAACUGCUUUCUGCCAGUCACCUCUGCAUCCUGAAUCAAGAAAAUACUUGGAAUAUAUAUGUCUAGUAGUCAGAAAAUGCAAAUUAAAAACUACAGAAAUUCAUAAGUUCAAAUCAUAUGCAAGGUUUUUUGCAGAGAUGAUCACUUGAAAUAAUUUUAGAAUGAUUGGAUAAGCAGUGAUAUGCCUUUGGCAUUUUUGAGGAAAAUGAGACCUAUAAGAGGUAGGACAGGAUUUUUCUUUCUUUUAGACAGACUUUUAAUUCUGUCAUCAGUUUUCAGAGGACAGCAGAGGCCACAAGUGAUUUCAAGCCCUCUGCUUCAUUAAGUAAGAAUUCUGUAUUUAAGGAAAUGUCAAAGGCAAAAAUCUGCUUCCAUAAUUACUUUAACUUACUUUAAAUGCACAAGGCAAAUAAGAUAUAAAUGAUUAUAUCGACCUGCUGAAUUUAGAAGGCAUAUGCGUUUUGUCAGUCAAGUUAGUUGUACUAGAAAGUUACAUCUGAAAACUUGCUUAAAAAUGUGUCCAUAUGCUUAUAUAAUUUUUUAUGUUUGUUUUGCAGAGCAGACCUGGAUUAAUUUUUUCUAAUGACAGUCCUGCAGUGUCUAACAUUCUUAAUAUGCCAAGAAUGUUAAAUCGAUGUUUUAAUGAAAUUGUUUUUAACCUAAUAUUUAUGUAAUGUAUAUAAAUUGGUAUUGUAAACAAUUGUGAGCAUGUCAUCUUAAUAAUAUGAACAUGUAGCAAUAAAUAAGAAAAAUUCUGCACUACAGUAAAUCUCUUGGUUUGAAUUUAUGAAAAUUUAACAGAAAGGGUGUGUAAACAAAUUGCUACUCCCCUUGCUGAGGUGAAAAAGCACAAAGAGCUUGUGCAACAUCUCUAAUAUCUUGAGAACAUCACUAGCAUUCAUCAAAAUCAGCUAAUUUUGAUGCUAGCGUAGAAUUGAUAACCCAUUAAUACUUAUUUUGAAAUUCUGCCAAUGUGCCCUCCCUAGAAAAGUAUGAAGAUUUAACUGUAUUCAUGCUGAGCAGCUUGCUGAAUUAAAUUCCAGGUUAAACGAGGAAAUCAGAUUCCUUAUUAGGCUAAAUUAAAUUCCCAUCUAAUAUUAUACAUCUGGAGAACUAAUUUUUAACUUCUGUAUGCCAGCUAGAAGACUUUUGUUAGGAUUGUAUCACAGAGGAGCAAUGAUUUAUGUAAUUGCAAAUGGCAAGCAAUAUGCAAUUGAGGUAAAACACUUGGUCUCAUAUCUACCCCAAAACUAAGAUCAGAAAAUAAUCAAAUACAAACUGCUAUUACUAAAAUGACAAAUUCAUUAAAUAGCAAAAAUAAGACUGAAAAGCAAGUACAAAUGAAAUCUUCUCAAACUGCGAAGACAGAUCUAUUCUCAGACCAGGCCAAAAUGCUAUAUUAUGUGAAGCAUGUCAUUCGUA